UUUUAAAGAAAAACAAAUGCAAAUUUUUUUAAAAUUAUGACAUUUUAAACAAAAUAACUAAACCGCUCUUUAUAAAUUAUUUAAGCUGGCUCUCAAAAUACGCAAACAAUUUGCUCAUCAAGCUUUUGGUAAUUUUCCACCAGAAGACUUUCAUUCGCCCUCACCUCAACGAGCCCCAAGUCCUCCCGUUUCUACACAACAUCACAAUAUGGGUGGCCCACCAGCCCCUACCUCAUCAAAUAACCCACCAGAGGGUCAAACAUAUUGUUUAAGAUGGAAUAAUCACAAAUCGAAUUUGGUUGAGAUACUCGAUGCUCUCAUUAAAGUGGAAAGUUAUGUGGACUGUACCAUUGUUGUGGAUGAUCAAGUACAAUUUAAAGCUCAUCGUGUUGUCUUGGCUGCCAAUUCGCCGUAUUUUCAGUCUAUUUUACAAGAUUUACCCAUGGAUCAUUGUAGCAUUAUAUUUCCGGGUGUUAAGGCAUUUGAAAUGCGCGCCUUAUUGGAAUAUAUGUAUACGGGUGAGGUAAAUGUUACCCAAAGUCAAAUACCCAAAAUAAUGCGUAUAGCUGAGGAAUUGGAAGUCAAGGGUCUUUUUGAUAUGGCUGACUUGAAGGAGAAAUUCAAUAAACUCAGUGAGGAGCAUGCUGAAAGAUCGGCUAGUAAUCCUUAUGCAAGCACAUCGGCUCCUUCGAAUCCCUAUUCCUCGGUUACCACCACUUCAUCACCCACCGCUGGUCUAACACAUAACAAACCUUGCGCCAAGGAUUCUGAUAACUACCGUCACAAUUCCUCCUCCGUGAUCUCUACCUCUACAAAUAUUUCUCCCUCAGCUGCCCCGUCCAGCAGUUCGUCACCGCCCUAUAGUAGUUACAAAUCUCCCUAUACCAGUUUAUAUAACAAAUCACCUGCGCCCUCUGCUAAUCCCUCAUCCGCCUCAGCCUCCGCCCAGCCUCAAUCCACACAACAAACUGCCAGCAAUUUAACACCCACCUCAGAACGUUCGUCUGCUCAAUGGCCUUUGUCUCCUUCGGCUGCGGCUGCUGCUGCCAUGUUGAGUUCUGUUUAUGAAUCGGCUCCCGAUAUGAAUCCCUUAAAACGUAAAAAGUUAUCCUCUAUGUCCAGCAUGUUAAUGAAUCGUGAUACUCCCAUAUUGCGUAAUGUUUUGGCUCAAGCCAAUCCAGCCGAUUCGUCACAACAAUUGCCUUUAUUGUUGCCUAAUGCUGGCAAUAAAGGGGACAAAUCCUCAGGUUCAGCCGACAAAAAUAAUCAUAGUUUCAAUGGUUCCGAUUAUAGUGAUAAGAAAUACCAUGAUGAGCCUCAUUCUCCCUUUACCGAUCGUUCCUUUGAGGAUGAUGGUUUCGAUCCUAAGGGCAGUAAUUUCGGUGGCAAUUUUGCUGCCAAUGGCAAUCAAAAACCCGAAUGGAAACGUUAUAAACAAUAUACCCGCAGUGAUAUUAUGUCCGCCAUCCAGUGUGUACGUGAAGGCAUGAGUGCUUUGCAGGCUUCACGCAAAUUUGGUGUACCCUCGCGCACUUUGUAUGAUAAGGUCAAGAAGUUGGGCAUUACCACCGGACGGCCCAUGAAUCGUACCAUGAAACGUAGCCCUAGUAGUGUAGAAUCCUCUGCGGCUUUCCCUUAUGCUCAUGGUUAUGGUCAAGCUUCUGCGGCAGCUGCCGCCAUGCAUGAUGCUGCCAUUAGAGAGGAACGUGAACUUAAAGAACAUCAUCGCAAUAGUGAACAUCAUCAUUUAGCCCCAACUAUACCUCAUCCUGCUGCAGCUCUCUUAGAUCAUGCUUUCUUACAGCAGGCUUUGGAAAAUCGUGGAGGUGGUGAUAUAGCAGGUAGAGAAGCUUUACAUGCUAUGGCUUUGGCAGCUGCUGCUCAUGCUGCUGCCAAUCGUAUGUCCACCAGUCCCGGACCCAAUGGCAAUGCAGUACGUUCACCCAGUCCCUCUAAUUUCGCCCUAAAAUACAAUAAUAUGCGUAAUGCCGAACAAGAGCUAAUGGAACGUCAUGAAUUGGAGCGUGAAAGAGAACGCGAACGUGAAUUUGCUGAGAGAGAACGUGAACGUGAUCAAGAUUUAGAACGUGAACGUAACGAUGAAGAAGAAGAUGAUCAUGUAGAAGAUUUAUCGGUGGCACGUAAAGAGAAUAGUAGUUCACCUUUAGAACAAAGAGAAAGACCUGAAUCUCCUUACUCACCGGGAGUAACAAAUUCUGCCGAUAAUGAUAAAACAGUAAUAAUGACCACUAAAUUACCCUCUAAUGCCAGCAGCAGUGAUGAGACUUUCAUCACAGAAUCUAAUCUCAAACGUGAGGUGGUAAUAGAUGAUGUUAGAGCCGACUGAUUGAUGCUAACCAUGGCUUGGCAAUAUGCGGCCGAUACUUGUUAUGAUGCUUUAUUUUCCUCACGUUGAGCGAGAGAGUCACACAGAGAGAGAGAGAGUGAGAUUCUUAACUCUCUGCUUAGUUGAGGUUAAUAUCUAUACAUAUGUUUGUAGGUAAUUAAUGUAUAUUUGUUUUUUGGGGGGGUAAAAAGCUUAAGCUUUUUUUUUGAGAUGUUAAAAGUUCUUUAUAACUUAAGAGAGUUUUAGUAGCAAAAAAGGUUAACUUAUAUUACUUUUUUUCAACAAACUUAACUUUGCUCUUAUAUCAUGUUGGGAACUUUUAAACAUUUUCUUAACGUUUAACGUAGUUUCUGUUUCUUUGUUUUUAGGGUUUUAUAUUUUCGUUUAACAUUUUUACAAGAAAAUUAUUUUCCUAGGAAAAUAAAAUGGCGGUACAUUAGCUUUAUAUAACACAA